GGCGGGGGCGGCGCGGGCCGGCGCGCGCGCUCGCCGCCGACUACUCCGCCUGCUGCGCGCCACCCGCCCCGAGGUGCAGCCCUUUGGCGACGUCCCGCGCCAGCUGGCGCACGCCGCCGGAGCCACGCUCGAGGCCACGCGCGUGCUGCUGCAGGCGCUGUGGCUGGGCGUGGAGGUGCUGAAUAGCACGGACCAGCUGCCGCUGGCGCCCGACUGCCACGCGGCGCUGCUGCGCAUGACGUACUGCGCGCGCUGCGGCGGGCUGCCGGCCGCCGUCAAGCCGUGCGUGGGCUACUGCCUGAAUGUGCUGCGCGGCUGCCUGACGCAGCACGCGAGCGAGCUGGACCUGCCGUGGAACGGCUUCGUGGAGGCGACGGAGCGCCUGGCCGAGGCCGUGCGCGAGCGCGCGCCCGAGCGCCUCGUGCGCAGCCUGCACGCGCGCCUCACCGAGGCCAUCAUGUACGCCGCCGAGAACGCCGCCGCUAUCGACAAGAAGGACUCUGUGUGA